AUGGAGUGUCACAAAAUAAGAGAGAGAGAGAGAGAGAGAGAGACCCACCAACAGAGCUGGUCACAUACUUACCCUCCUCUUGACUGAUGGUUACACUUGCAUGAAAGCCAGAGAUAUAAAGAAGAGAAGAAAAAGAAGAGAUGGACAGAGGAAGGGUGAGAUGGUGAGGUGAUGGUGUUGUUGGACUGGUACUUGGUUGUUAUUUGAGAAGCCAAAAGCCUCCUUCACCAGCAGCAGCAGCAGCAGCAGCAGCCAUCGUCAGUGCUCUUACCGAUGGGGUCAGCUCCAAUUGUCCACCCUCCUCUCCCUCCAUAGCCCCCACCUCUUUCAGAACAACCAGAAAAAUAAUAUUUCUUUUUCAAAAACCAAUAUCAAUGGUCCUAAUCCCCAAUAUCCAAGCCAUAUCAAACAAGAAACAGAAUUCCCCUUCCCUUCCUCUCCAUCUCCUUCUGCGAGGCCUGCUCACAAAAACUUACAGCAAUAGAGUUCGCAUCCAAAACAUGGCAAGUAAGAGAGCGGAGUAGAAGAGAGAAAAAGAGAGAAGGUCGACUCUUUUUCCCCCCACUCUCUUUUCUGCGCUCCUCCUCUUUCCCUCCAUCUCCUACUUCAUGCCUAGAAACAAAAGGUUUUCUCCAAGGGUCUGAUCAACUUGAAACAUAUCGAGUGAGAGAAAGGAGGAAGCGAAGAACGGGAAGAAGGUUAAUUUUUUCUCUCCCCCCCCCCCCCCCCCCCCCCCCCCCUCUUUUUCUUCCAAUCUUUGUCUUCCUUCCCUUCCUCGAUCUUUAUCCUACUUUUAGAAUUGUGAGGCUGGGCUAGGCAGCCCAAAGCCACUGUAGUCGCAUCGGCAGUGACAGAGAUGAGCGAGCGAGAGACCCGCGACUUCAUGAGCGUCGACUCCUUCUCGCAGCUCCCGUUUAUUCGCCCGGCGCCUCGCGAGAAGCCCUCCUCCGCCUCCGCCAUCCGCCUCUUUGGCAUCGAGGUUCCCCAUGAGCCUGACAGUGAAGAAGAUCCCUCCAGAGACCCCAACGCCACCGCCAACCCCAACAGCAGCAGCAACGGCAAUGGCAGCAGCGGCGAGAGUGGUCGCAAGUUCGAGUGCCACUACUGCUGCCGCCACUUCCCGACAUCACAAGCCCUCGGCGGGCACCAGAAUGCCCACAAACGCGAGCGGCAGCAUGCCAAGAGAGCCCAAUUCCAGUCAGCCAUGGCAGCCCACCACCCAUCCACCGCCGAGGGCCACCACAUGUACGCCUUCCUCAACUACCACCGCCUUGGCUCGGUGCCGACCGCCGCCCGCUUUGCCUUCGACCCCCCUGCCAGCCACCACUAUCCCUCAUGGAACAGCCCUAGCACCACUAGCAGCAGCGCCGGCACCCGGUUCUACGGCGGGCUCGGAUCGGUGAGCCAGCCUAUCAACGGAAGCCCGCUGCCGGGCCUCUGGAGGCUUCCCACGGUGGUGCAUGGCGGCGCGGGCGUCGGACUAGUCCACCGGGACCGAGCAACGCCAUUGCCCUUGUUCGGAGGGGAAGAGCCCAGAGUGAUGGGAGGUGGUGGAGGCAGUGUUGGUUUGAGUACUAAUAUUGGUUCUUUUCCUUCCACCUCUUCUUCUACACCUCCACAGAGCUAUGAAUCUGGCGUCAAAGAGAAUGUGAGUUUGGAUCUGCACCUGUGAUUAAAUAGCGAAUUAUGCAGAAUUUUUAAUCAAAAUGUGUGCUGUUUUUAAUUGCUCUAUCCUUGGCCGACUGUCUCUUCUUUGUUGAUUAUUUCAAGGAAUUAAUGGCCCCUUAUUUGUCAAAAUUGCUAGGAAAUUCUUUGGUUUUGAAAAUAAAAAAGAUUAAUAACAGAAAGAAAAACUUCUAU